CCUCAUUGAGGAAAGGAUAAGGGGUCUCUUAAAAAGGUUAAAUGUGUUUUAGUAACCAGAAAUUUCCAAGUCGUUAUUUUAAAAGAACCAAAUUUACACAUUUCCCAGAGAGGGGAGAUAUAUCCCAAUACCUAAAGUCCUGUUCCAGAAAAAAACAAAACACAUGGCCCUGACCAAACAUUACCAGGCUCCAUGCGGGACGACCCUCGCUCCCAUUUUCACUGUCCGGGAAAACAUGAUAGAGACCACAACUAACUACCCUGGGCCUAGUGGGGUUCCAGACCUCUAAGGCCAGAUCUUCAGGAGGAGCUGAUAUGAGGGUCUAGAGAAGGAAUGUGGAGCUGUCCGGGUCGACCGGAGGGAGCCGCGCCCCAGCUCCCAGUGCGUCAGAAGGCGGACAAGGGCGACUUGGAUCCCUGCCAAGGAACUUUCCGGGGCACCAGAGCGCAACGCUCUCGUUGCCCUUGCGCACUGCCAUCUUCCUGGACUGUCCUUCGCCCUUCCGUAGCCUCGGUCCCUUUAAGAGGUCUGCGCACACAGGACCUCGCUUCCGCUAUGGCCGUUCAGCUGCUGGAGGAGGACCUGGUGACUUGUCCCAUCUGCCUGGGUCGCUACUGCGACCCGGUGACGCUGCCCUGCGGGCACACCUUCUGCGGGAACUGUAUCCAGGAUUCGUGGCGCUGCUGCGAAAAGAUAUGCCCCGAAUGUCGCCAGCCUUUCCCCGAGGGCGCCAAGCUGAGCCGCAACGUGAAGCUGAGCACCUUGUUGCAGGGGCUGCCCGCCGCCAUCCAGCGUCUGGAGUCCGGCACGAGCCAAAGCGCUCGCUGCCCGCGCCACGGGAGGCCGCUCGAGUUCUUCUGUCGUACGGAGGGCCUCUGCGUGUGCAGCGCGUGCACGGUGCACGACUGUAGCCACCACGAGAGGGCGCUGCUGGACGUGGAGCGCCGCGUGCGCGAGGACCGACUGAGAGCUAGGGUAAUGGUUACCCGGCAACAGGCCACUCAGGCAGAGACCCAGCUUCAGGAGCUGCAGCAGCAAAGCAGUCGGAUUGAGAGUUCAGCCCGCACCCUGGCCUCGGUGGUCUCCAGGAGAUUCAGUAGCCUGCUCCAGGUUCUGGAGAAGCAGCAGGCCUCAACACUGCGUGACAUAGAGGGAGCCAAGAAGCGGGCGCUGGACCAAGUUCUGCAUGAGAGACAGCGGCUGACUGACCACCUAAAGGCCCUGUCUCAGUACGACCAAAGUGUCCAGGAUCUCCUGGGGCAGGGGGAUGAUUUCAUCUUCUUCCAGGGGUUACAGCAGCUCUCUGAGCCCAUAGGGUCCCUCGGGCCACCGACUCCUCCCCAGUGGGAUGAGGAAGAGCAGUUGAACAGUGUGAACCAGCUGCUGAGCCCACUGUGUGAGCUCCUCCUUGAAGAGAAGACGCUCCCCACGGCGGCAGACAAAGCUGCCAGUGCUGGCCCUGCGGAGGCCUUGGGUCCCCUGGCACCAGUCCCCAGCGCAGUGUGUCCACUGAGGAAGAAGCUCUGGCAGAAUUAUCGCAAUCUGACCUUUGACCCAGAGACCGCCAACCGGUAUUUGCUCUUGUCUCACAAGGCCCAGCGGGUGACACACCAUUUCCAGGCUCAGAGCCCAGCCAGAUCAGGCAGCUUUGAGCUGUGGCAGGUACAGUGCACCCAGAGUUUUCAGACUGGACAACAUUACUGGGAGGUGCGUGCCUCUGACCACUCCGUCACUCUGGGCGUCACCUACCCAGAGCUACCACGCCGAAAGCUGGGGACCCACACGGAUAACAUCGGUCGUGGACCCUACUCCUGGGGCCUCUGCAUCCAGGAGGACAGUAUCCAGGCCUGGCACAAUGGCAGAGCUCAGCGUCUGAGUCGGGCAGGGGUAUCUGGAGGACUCCUGGGCGUAGAUUUGAACUUGACCUCUGGCUGCCUCACCUUCUACAGCCUGGAGCCACACACACAGCCACUGCACACUUUCUGUGCAGUUUUCAGCCGGCCUCUCUUCCCUGUCUUCUGGCUCCUUGAGGGGAGGACCCUCAGUCUUUGCCAUCAGCCUGAGGCCGAGCUCCCUCCAAGGCCCCAGGACGAGGCCACAGCACCCAGCUGAGGAAGGCACAGACAGGUGCCUGUG